UUACACAACGUUCCUUGGAUCGUUAGUCGUUAAACACGUAAGAGAACUUUGUGAGGCAUAAAAGUUACCGAACAAGAAAAAUCAAUCGAAUUUUACAAUAAAAUUCCACCAAUUCUGAGAAUCAAUUCUGAAAGGUGCUAUAAUAGGUUUACGGUAUCCAGAUGGGAGGACAUUUUACAACAAAGGCUGGGAGAAUAACUCCACCAAGUUAAGGGAUGCAAAAUGGAAAUUUUCGAAUGACAAUACAUUGUAAUAAUGGAUUGCCUAUGCUCAAAAAACAUAUUGCCAAUAUCGGAUUGACUUCAGUGAAGUGACUCAUCCAUUGGUCCAGUGUAAAAGCCGCUUCACGAAAAUGAUUUGGCAUAAGACUCGUCCGUUUUUCGAAAGAAUAUUUCCGAUUUUGAGGUGGAGCAAGGAUUAUAAUGUGGACAAGGGUGUGUCGGAUCUCCUUACAGGGAUUACUGUGGGGAUGACUCUCAUACCUCAGAGUAUGGCUUACGCUUCUUUGGCUGAACUUGGUCCUGAGUAUGGGCUUUAUUCCUCGAUUUCUGGUGGAUUUGUUUACCUAUUCUUCGGAACAAUCUCAGAACUCCAUAUAGCCCCAACAGCACUCCUAUCACUUUUCACAUAUUCGCAUACCUUACACACAACAUUCGGGAAACACAAUGCUGUUGUACUCUUGUGUUUGCUCUCUGGUGUUGUGGAACUCCUUUGCGGAAUAUUGCAUCUAGGGUUUUUGGUUGAUUUUGUUUCGACGCCAGUGGUGGCGGCCUUCACAUCUGCGGGGGCUAUCACAAUAGCAACCUCACAAGUCAAAAACCUUCUAGGUCUUCAUUUUUCGGCUGAGACUUUCCUCAGUUCUUGGUAUCAAAUUUACGAGCAUAUUCACGAGACAAAAAAGUGGGAUGCAAUUCUUGGCACAUCGUGUUUCAUUAUCCUUCUUGGAUUGAGGAAAUUGAAGGAUUAUGGCGAACCACCUCUCGAGAAAGCUGGAGAUGGCUCGAUGAAAUGUUCGCAAAUAAAAAGAAUACUAUGGUUUGCCUCAAUUUCAAGAAACGUUGUUGUUGUUAUAGGGUGUUCUACUUUAGCGUUCUUCCUGAAGAAAAGUGGAUACGACGUUUUAUCUCUUACAGGUAGUCUUCCAAAUGGGUUACCAAACAUGAGUUUUCCACAAAUUGAAGUUACUUAUGAAGGGGUUCAUUAUUCUUUCAUCGAAAUGGCGAAGCAACUCGGCUCUGGAAUUUUAGUGGUACCUUUCAUCGCAGUUUUAGGAAACGUUGCCAUAGCUAAAGCGUUUGCGAAGGGAAAAGCGAUGGAUGCUUCACAGGAAAUGAUAGCUCUAGGUAUGUGCAACAUAGUGGGUUCAUGUUUUGGUUCCUAUCCUAUAAAUGCCUCGUUUUCAAGAGGGGCAAUAAGUAACGCUAGUUCAGUGAAGACACCCAUAUCUGGAAUAUAUGCUGGCCUUUUGGUGAUUUUAUCCCUCACAUUCCUGACCCCUUGCUUCUCAUACAUACCAAAACCAACAUUAUCAGCAGUCGUCAUAUGCGCUGUACUCUUCAUGGUUGAAGUAACCAUGACCAAAUUAAUUUGGAAAAUCAAUAAAAUUGAUCUCAUACCCUUCACACUAACUCUCCUUUCUUGUCUUCUGAUCGGUUUGGAGAUGGGCAUUAUAAUUGGAGUCUGUGUAGAUAUAAUUCUUCUUCUUCAUUCGAGUGCCAGGCCGAAGAUACUUUUCGAAGUAGUGGUUGAUAACGAGUUGGGUAAUUAUUUGAAAGUGACGCCAACAUCUGCUAUCACCUUUCCAUCUGCUGAGUAUAUAAGGGAGAGGAUAAUGAAAUGCCACAACAGCGAGCUAGGAACAGAUUUAUAUAUGGUUGUAAUUGACUGUCACAGAAUCCAUAAGAUUGACUUCACAGCUGGAAAGUGUCUUGGUGCACUUAUAGCAGAUUUGAAGAAUAACAACAGGCAAGUGAUAUUCUAUCAACCAAGGUUGAAGAUAGUGAAGAUUCUGAAGAACGUGUGUCCCAAGGAAAUGCUGAUUGCCGGAAGCGAAGAAGAACUUGUGAUCCAUUUGAGAAAUGCCAAAGUCGUUAAGUCAACUUUUCCAACGCAAGCAGUCGAAAAAUUCAAGCAAGUGAAGGAGACUUGAAAUUCUAACCUGUGAUGACAAACAUUGUAUGGUCACUUGAGCCAGGGUGUCUGUAGUUUUAGUUUUAUUAGUUUUAUACCGCUGUACCAAUAGGACGUUUAUUUAUUUACCUUUCAGUAUGUUUGUAAUCAUUUCAUUUGACGAAUAAACGUUUGAAAUUCGUUUUAAA